GACAUGGGGGAAAUAUGGCGGAAAGAAGCACAUCGACUCACGAAAUUACACAUUACCUGAACGUAGAAAAUGCGAAAAUUGCUGCAUUUCUCAUGGUAUCGGGAUUUAUCCUAUACCAUGGGGUUUUACAUCUCAAAUUCGGUAAUGACUCGUGCACAUGGCUCCUGAGCGAUGGCAGGUUCCCCGGCUACAGCACCUGGCAGCCAUAUGGAUGCAUGAUGCACAAGUAUUCAAAGAGUGACGCCAGGAUGUGCAUGCACUAUGUGUCCUACUGGGGAGGCAGGAAUCACAUCACAUUCGUAGGCGACUCGAGAAUCCGGCAACUGUACUUUGAGUUUGUCAACCUUAUCGGGUCAAAGGAGGUGGAGAAACAGAAGGCUCAUACAGACAUCCAUUUCCAGGAUGAAAAGAUCAGUGCCAGAAUCGAUUUCCUGUGGCAGCCAAUGGUGAAUCUCUCCAUGUUUUAUAUGUACAAGAACUUCCUGCUCAGCGAGCCCGGCGGCGCCAGACCAAACCUGGUCAUAACAGGCAGUGCAACGUGGUGCAUAAAACUGAACAAUGGCAGCAAGAAUGCUCUGAACAACUAUCAAGUGAAUCUCACAACAAUUGUUCCCCUCUUCCAUAAGCUGAAAGAUACAACCCAAAUACUCUGGAUGCUGCAAGAUCCAGUGGUGGAAGAGAAACUGAAUGCAAACCGCUCAAUGAUAACUAAUGAACAAAUUGAUGACUACAACAAGGUUGCUUUGGAUUUGUUGCGGCACAGUGAUGCCAAGUUGUGGAAGUCAUCACGUCUUGUAGCUCAGGGGAUGAAGAAGGAGUCUGAGGAUGGACUGCAUAUCUCAAAGCUGGCCCUCGAUCUGGAUGUCCAGAUUCUGCUCAACAUGUACUGCAAUAACGACAUGAACCACCAUGACGGCACCUGCUGCAACCAACCGGAGCAGGCAACCACCCUGCAGAUCAUCACUGCCGCGUUCUUCCUUGUCUGUAUCGUGUCCGCCAUAGCCCUGUGCUUGUAUCGCCGACGGCAGCUGAGGCUCAACGGGGCAAAGGCAAGAGCAGAAAAUGGACAGCGUAAUGGACAGAACGGCCUGCAAGAAUCUCAUGAAGGGUGUUAUGAUGUCAUGGUAUCGCUGGCCAAGCUGGGCGUCAUCAUGGCAUAUUUCUACCUCUGUGACAGGACCAAUUUCUUCAUGAAAGAAAACAAGUACUACACUCACGUGAACUUCUUCCUCCCCUUUGCCUAUGUCAUGAUUCUCGGUUUCUUCUUCACUGAGAAGACAGACAAGACCGCUGUCCUUCACCGAGACCAGACCGAUGAGUGGAAGGGCUGGAUGCAGCUGGCGUUCCUUAUCUACCAUCUUACAGGAGCAAGCAAGGUGCUGCCGGUGUACAUGCACAUCCGAGUGUUAGUGUCAUCGUACCUCUUCCUCACUGGCUUCGGGCACUUCACCUACUUCUGGCAGAAGGGGGAGUAUGGGCUAGUGAGAUAUUGCAAGAGUCAAGGUACGGACGUACAUUCCCUUGUGAGGAAAGCUUUGACAAAGAAUGGUUGUCGCCACUUACCCUUCUAUUGGCAUACAAGAAAGAACAGCUUGCGUCGGGUUCUGGAAGUGUUGUUCCGGCUGAACCUGCUAGUUGUGGUGUUGUGUUUUGUGAUGAACAGGCCCUACCAGUUUUACUACUUUGUGCCUCUCGUUUCCUACUGGUUCAUCGUCAUCUACGUGUCCAUGGCGAUAUGGCCCCACAUUACACAGGCAUCAGCUGAAGGGAAUGUGCUGCAGUACUUGUUUAUGGUUAUCAAGAUGGUUCUGCUGAUUACAAUCAUCACUCUCUUCUACCUGUCUGAGGUAUUUUUUGAAAAAGUAUUUUUAACCAGGCCUUUCAAGGCCCUGUUUGUGACAUCUGAUGAUUCACUGCACGAGUGGCGAUUCCGGUGGCAGUUAGAUAGAUAUAGUGUAGUUUAUGGAAUGCUGUUUGCGUUUGGGUAUCAAGUUCUUCUGAGGUACAAGAUCAUCAAUGAUAGCCACGAGGAAAAUCUCUUCUCUAAGCCAAUAUCCUGGUUGCUGGGCGUGCUGGGAUUGAUAGGCAUUGGGAGUUACGCUGCCUUCACCUUCCUCUGUGGCAAUAAACAGCAGUGUAAUGAUGUACACUCUUACAUAACCUUCCUUCCUAUUAUUUCCUACAUAGUUUUACGGAAUGUGCCAGGGUGGCUGAGAACGAGGUACAGCUCUUUCUUUGCUUGGUUUGGCAAGAUUUCACUUGAGCUGUUCAUCUCCCAGUAUCACAUCUGGUUGGCGGCUGACACCCACGGCGUGCUUGUGCUCAUCCCAAGCUACCCUGUCCUCAACGUCAUCCUCACCUCCUUCAUUUUCAUCUGCAUCAGUCAUGAGAUAUCCAAGAUCACCGCCAACCUGGCCAAAUACGCCGUGCCGAACGACUGGAAGUCCCUGCUGAGGAACGUCAUCUGUUUCUUUGCCAUCUUGGUUCCGAUCUGUAUUACAAAUGGAGUGAUAGCAUUAUAAUGGUUGUGUUUAGCAUGUUUUGUUGGUUGUGUGUGAUUUUUAUCAGGGUACUGACAAAUCGUGGGUUCCAUAUUUAUUUUUUAUCUGCAGUAUGUUCUUUUAAGUCUCACAUUUAAUUUUGAUUGGUUGGAGAUUUAUUCAUUUUCACUUUUAAAACACUACUGAAAAUGAGCACUGUCAGUAUUGAGGGAUAUAUCUGUAAUGGUUAGAAAAGACAUUCCUGUUGUUGGUCAGUGCACAGGUUCCUUGACACAUCUACCCUAGGUUCAGUUUUAACAUUUCUAUUUUUAGCUCAACCUAAAAUCACAUGAUGUGCUGGAUUUACAUGAUCUAUGAAGCUGAAACUAUGCAAACAUGACUCGCAAUGGUGUCGCUUAAACUCAGAUCCCUUUCCAAACGUGGACGACAGCAGCCAUGUUGAAAAUUUCCACUACUCACCUUACUUUAUAAACUUUGACCUGCCAAAUUUCUUAACAUUGGGAAAAAUGAUUUACUGAGUAAUCGCCAUAGAUAUCUUUCAGAAUGUCUGUUGUGGUGGUGGCAAUAUUGACAACUGGGGUACACCAUUGGUGGGAAGAAACUGUGAAACAUCAGCUUCUUAAGAUUGAUGCAUGCUAUUUCUGUUUCCAAUGCCUCAAACAAAUUACAUAUGAUCGUCUCUGCCACCAUGUUGUGGAGAACUAGGUUUCUUUAAUCAGUGAAGGCUACAUGGCAGCCAUAUUGAAUUCUCAAUUUUGAAUCCCCAUAUUCACACAUAAUUUCAGCUGAAUCCUUCAGACUGUGUCACAGGGGUUGAUAUUGCUUAUUCUUUUGUUGUGUGUCGUUUAAUAACACACUUGGUAAUAUUCCAGCUGUAUGAGGGCAGUGUGACAAUAACAGGUUCUGGACCAAACAAACCAAAGAUUGACAUGGUGAGCAGCAUGAUGAUACAAAUAAAGUCAGUAAGCCUGAACACCUGAUCAAUAUUGUCGCAUUUAACAAGCAUUGGUUGUUGGUAGUGUUGAGCAAAAUACAAGGCUCACGAUACAGUACAUAGAUUUACAGCUUAUAGUGGAGUAAAAAUGUCAAUAAUAACGGAAACUGUCCAAGAACCAGUUUAUGCCAAAUCUGUACAGUGCUUAUCUGGUUUUUUUAAUCUGUAUUUCCCCAACAGUAUCAAGUCUUUGCUAUCUGAAAUUUGAAAACAAAUGAUUCAUUGUUGUGAUUCACCUGCUAAAAGGGAGACAAUAUGUACUGUAAGUACUGUAUCAGACACAAAUCGUAUCCUGGCCUCACAGACUGUUUACACUUUGGUGUUAGGGACAUAUUUCACCUGGAAUCCAUAUGGUUUGGGUGAGGUGAUCUAAAAGUCGAAUUACAUUUAAAGAAAUAUAUGGCAGAUCCCACUGCACAAUAGCCCCAUAAUGAAGUUUAUUGAGUUACAGAUACAUGGCCCAAUUUAAAUGCUAGCAAAUAUUGGCUACUAUCGUAUCUCCCAUAAUCCAAAAUAGACUUAAGAUAGUCAUAGCGCAGAUAUCACUUUGAGCAAUCAGGUACAGAAAUAUGAAUGUAACUCAUUUACGAUGCUAUACAAACAAUACAUUUGUAUGGCACUUCUCCAUUCUGUAUAUGAUGCUAAUAGUUCCAUCAAUGGUUGGCGGAUGAAAUGUAUCUUGAGUGAAUUUCUGCUGCCAAGUUUGAAGGAAAGAUUAUUCCAUUAAUUGGUUUCUGCAUGAGAGAAUGAACACUGUCCGUAAAUACUAACAGAAGAAAAAGUAGACAUGAUUUUGAGCCAUCAGUGACUCUUUCACUUGUUUAUUUAUGAUUCAUGUCAGCUAUAGCACUAAUAUUUAUUAUAUUAUUUUUUGUACGUGCAAAUCAUGAUCAAAUGACAGUUAACGAACAAAUAUAAUGUCCUCAUUGUUUUGUUAUUGAUGUUCAUCAGUAUUCAACAGCAAUUUACGACCAAGAGCCCCCCUCCCCUGUUAAGAAGUGCUGCAAUUAAUGAAGGGGGAAAAAACCCACCAACAAUUCCAUUUCUCACAUGAGUUCAGAUUAAUGUGAAGAAAGCAGUGGUUUGAAACAGUGUUUCGACACCCCACUGAAAUAGUGUAAUCUCUCAAUGCUUUCCAGAGGGUUAAAGGGGGGGGUGUGAGAUACACAGGAGGUACAGUUGUGAGAUUCAAUCAAAACCACAUAUUGUUUCUUUGUAUUGUGACAUUUAUUAGCACAGCAGCUCUGGAGAUGUUGUAGACACCUGGUGUUCUGAUUUGUCUUGAUGUAUCAUAUUGUAUAUCAUGUAUUUACAUCUCAUAUAUUAUCUUGUAUAUAUUAUCUUGUAUCAUAUGUAUAUAUGGCAUGAGUGGAGCUGCGAGGUUUUCCUGGUAGAAGUGAUGGGAAUGUGCAAGUGAUAGCAUAAUAUUUGUUAUGUUGGCCAGUGUUUUGCUACAUUAAAAAGAUAAUGCCUGAAUUGAACUGAGGUAGAAGAGCAUUAUUCACUGUGCUUUGUAUUUGCUCAAUCUUCAGGAUAGGUGUGAAUGAGAAAUCAUGUAUGUUACUUAUACAUACAGCAGUGGAAAGAAUAUAUCAGUAGGUCACUUACAGUGUAUAACCUGUGUGCAAAGAAAACAUCCACAUGAGCAUGAAUUAGGCACUAAAUACUUACUUGUUCAUGAAUGAAGAUAAGAGAUGACCUGUGGGAUUCACUGUUGGAAACAUGACAAAACAAAAGUGAGCGAGUUAAGGUUUUCGCUGCACUCAGCAAUAUUCCAGCUAUAUAGCGGCGGUCUGUAAAUAAUCGAGUAUGGACCAGACAUUCCAGUGAUCAACAGCAUGAGCAUUGAUCUAUACAAUUGGGAUACAAUGACGUGUCAACCAAGUCAGCGAGCCUGACAACACCCGAUCCUGUUAGUCGCCUCUUACGACAAGCAUGGGUUAUUGAAGAUCAAUUCUAACCCUGAUCUUCUCGAGUUGACAAAACAAAAGCAUGACGAUCAAUACUGAUUUAAAGGCAUUUUUGUGAAGAAGUCUAAACAAUGUUCAUUUCAUCAACACAGAAAAGUAUGGGGUCCUGUCAGCCUAGUCAUAACCACACUUGUCUUGGUGCUGCAGAGGUCUGAUUUCUUGUGAAGUACCUUGGUCUGUUUCUUCAAGCUUUGAUCUUGAUUUUGAAUAACAAGGGUCUUAAUUAAUGCUCGUGUGUGUGUGUGUAUAUAUAUAAUGUUUUAAGGAUGCAUGUUCCUUGUUUAUUGCCUCCACCAGGAAUGGACAUCGUUUUCCUAAUCUUCACUUUGAGCAACAAGCAUUGUCUCACCAUCUUUGGAAAGGGUAGGAACACAAAAUGUUUAUACCAUUCAAGAAAUACACAUGCCAAACUGUGCUUGCUUCUAUUAUAUAUAUUGAACAUAAUGCCAAAAGUUGGUUCCAUUGCUUCUGUUGGCAACAGCACAAGCCAAGUUUUGUUAAUGAUUGUAUAGGCUACUGAAAGUAAACAUGUUAUGUAA